AAAAAAAAAGGAGUUGUACAGAGCAUUUAGCUCAUCACUUCUCUCUCUUUCUCUGCCUACAGGCUACAGCCUUUCCUAGGAAGAAACUGAUACAAGAAAAAAGAAAAAAAAAAUCUGAAAGAGCUCUUCAGAUUAUGCCACGUGGCCCCACUCCUUAUAAUCGGAUGCAAACCUAUUUAUAUUCCACUCUUUAUUCUCGAUUUCUCGUCCGCCCUCUCUGUCUAUCUUCUCUCUCUCUCUCUCCAGCUCCGAUUCGCCAAACCCUAGUCUCCUUUCUCUAAUUGUACCCGAUCGAUCGGUUUUUCAAAGUUCGCUUCCCAUGCUCCGCUACUUUUUCUCCUAAAAUUUCACCGAGAGGAAAAAGAAUCCGAGAAUUCUUUCUUGUCUGUAAAAAGAAAAUAAAGAAGAAUCGAAGGAGGAGGAGCUAGAUAGAAGAUUCGAGGAAAAACGAAAUGGCCUCGUCGACAACGAGCGCGGUGUACAUCCACGUCAUCGAAGACGUCAUCAACAAGGUUCGCGAUGAGUUCAUCAACAACGGUGGACCCGGGGAAACUGUCCUCAACGAACUUCAAGGAAUUUGGGAAAUGAAGAUGAUGCAAGCGGGAGUAGUCUGUGGUCCAAUUGAGAGGUCUUCGGGUCAGAAACAGCCCACACCUGGUGGCCCAAUUACUCCGGUGCACGAUCUUAAUGUUCCCUACGAAGGGCCCGAGGAGUAUGAAACUCCUACAGCUGAUAUGCUUUUCCCUCCGACUCCAUUGCAAACACCUGUUCCUACACCGUUGCCUGGAAGUGCAGAUGGUUCUAUGUAUAACAUCCCUACUGGAAGUAGUGACUAUCCUACUCCUGUGAAUGAUGGUGGCGGCAAUACUGAUGCGAAAGGUGCAAGGCCGAGCCCGUAUAUGCAAUCUCCUUCUCCUUGGCCGAAUCAAAGGACCCCACUCAGUGUUGAUGUUAAUGUCGGUGAGUAUGUCAUUAAAAGAGCAAUUAGUUCUAACCCACUACGGUUUGUUAAUAAUAAGUGCUAUUUUCUUGUAGCUUAUGUGGAAGGGCGGGAUGAGGUGGAUAGAGGACCUUCUCAUCAACCCCUGACACAGGACUUCUUUAUGAUGUCUUCUGGAAAGCGAAAACGUGAGGAUUUUACCACUCAAUAUCACAAUGGUGGUGGAUAUAUACCCCAACAAGAUGGAGCUGGAGAUGCCAUAUAUGAAGUUGCAAAGGCAGAGGGAAGUAAGGGUAGUGAUUUCCUUGAUAGACGUGAUUCUACAACCACUGCAAAAAGCGAGAUCUUAGCACACUUGGCUAGGUCAUCUUCAAAGAUCCCUCAACUGGAUGGACCAAUUCCUGAUCCAUAUGAUGAUAUGCUUUCAACUCCUAAUAUAUACAAUUAUCAAGGAGUUGUCAAUGAAGACUACAAUGUAGUGAACACACCGGCUCCUAAUGACCUUCAAGCUGCAACUCCUGCUCCUGUUGCCCAAAAUGAUACUGGAGAUGACGACGACGAUGAGCCAUUGAAUGAAGAUGAUGAUGAUGAUGAAUUGGAUGAUGUGGACCAGGGAGAGGAGCUGAACACACAGCAUUUAGUUUUGGCUCAAUUUGACAAGGUGACUCGUACCAAGAGCAGAUGGAAAUGCACACUGAAGGAUGGCAUCAUGCAUAUAAACAACAAGGACAUUCUCUUUAAUAAGGCAACAGGUGAAUUUGACUUCUGAUUUUGUUAGAGAAAUGUCUAUUCACCAUCAAAUUGCAAAUUGCUUUAAAAGAUCAAGUGAAGGGUCUUAUUGGGUGUUUGGUAGUUUUUCUUCGAUUAAUAUUAGAGUGAAAUCUUGAAGGAAGGGCAUGACAUGUUUUAUUUUAAUACCUUCCGUGAGACUUGGGUUGGAUGGUUGUCCUAUUGUACAUAAAGGAAGAGCUUUUUCGGCCUUAGAAUGGAUGGCUACUUGAGAUGCUUCAUGAAGUUUUAACAUUUCUGCGAUGGAAUAUGUAAUUUUAUUUUUACUACAUACUUAAGACGUUUUGGUUCAUUGACGGGUCUCAAUUGUUUGUUUACUUA